AUGGCUGAGGAGCAGAAGCCCACCGCCAACAUGGCUGCUGAGCAGGAUGUGCAGAACGUCCUCGCUGAGCUGAAGGAGAAUGGUGCCUCCACUGAGGUGGAGACGACUGACAAGACCGAUGCGGAUGAGGCUCGCAUUGUCGCGGAAGCAGCCAAAUUAGGUGAGAAGUCAGAGCAGGCUGAGGAGAAGUCGCAGCAGCAGCGUGACUCGCGCCCUCAGCAGGGUGGUCGUGGUGGUCGCUUCGCUCGCGCCAACAAUGCCAAGUUCGACCCAUCCUCCCAGAAGGAGACGGACGACCCUGUGGAGAUCCGCAAGCAGGUUGAAUUUUACUUCUCCGAUUCCAACCUGCCCAUGGAUAAGUUCCUGCUCUCCAAGGUUGGUGGGAGCACUAACAACGCUGUUCCUCUGGAACUCCUCCACUCCUUCAAGCGUAUGCGACGCUUCCAACCCUUCGAGGCCAUCGUCAAGGCUCUGAAGGAUUCCGAGACCCUGGAAUUGACCGAGAAUGACACCGCCGUCAAGCGCAAGGUCCCUCUGCCCGAGUCCAUCAAUCUCAACAACAACGCCGAGGCCGUCAAGGUCUUUGAGGACAAGGCCAUGGCCCGCAGCAUCUACGCCAAGGGAUUCGGCAAGUUUGGCGAGGAGGAGCCCACCACCCAGCUCGACAUUGAGGCCUUCUUCGAGCCCUACGGACCUAUCAAGGCCGUCCGCCUGCGCCGCACACAAGAUAAGACCUUCAAGGCCAGCGUCUUCGUCGAGUUUGCCGAUGAGGAGAAGCAGAAGGCCUUUUUGGAGCUUGCCGAGAAGCCCAAGUGGAAGGGCGAGGAGCUCGUCAUCAAGAGCAAGAAGGAGUACUGCGACGAGAAGGUGGCUGACAUCAAGGCCGGCAAGGUCUUUGCCAACACUGGUCGUGGAGGUCGCGGAGGUCGUGGUGGACGUGGCCGUGGGGGCCGUGGUGGCCGCGGUGGCCGUGGUGGUCGGGAUCGCGAGGACAAGCGGGACUGGCGGGAACGCCGCAAUGAAGACCAACAGGGCGGUCUCAAGAAGGACGCCCGGGGCAUUCCCACCAUCCAGGCGACUGGCGAGAAGCGCUCUCGCGAGGAUGAGUCCAAUGGGGAUCACCCGGCCAAGAAGGUGGAUGCUAAGGAGUAA